CUCAAGGUUGUUGCGUUGUAAUCAGGAAUGCCUUAUACUUUUUAGUAUUUGGCUAUUUCUUUUCUUGGCCAACCAUCGCAGUACGCACACAGCCGCUGGCGAAUAGAAAACAAAAAGAAACCGAAUUUUCUUUUCCUUUUUCCAAACUCGGUAUUUUGUGGUGAAUCUGCCAGUGGAACGCAGUGUUGGCUUUUAAGAUCUGCGCAACAGUGAACAACUGUGUUAGCUGAACAUUAAAAAAAAAACUGAAAUAUAGAGCGAUUUUAGUCAAAUUUUUUCGUCUGCUGCGUCCCCACUGCCAAGCGGCAGAGAAAACCAACCGAUUCAGGGUCGUUCAGGACAAAUCAAAGAGAAAAAACAUGUCGUUGAGGGCUAGAACUGAAGACGAGCAGGAAAAGGAGCCAAUGAACGAAGAUGACCAGCAUCCAGAUUGUGACCAGAAGGUGGUCAUGGAGAGGCAACUCGGCCUAUUGGACGGAGUUGCCAUGAUUGUCGGCACUAUCGUCGGUUCGGGCAUUUUUAUCAGCCCCAAAGGUGUCCUCCUGUCUGCCGGUUCUUCCGGAUUGUCCAUCAUCAUCUGGACAUUGUGCGGAUUUGUUUCGUUCGUCGGCGCCAUCUGUUAUGCAGAAUUGGGUACCAUGAUCGACCGUUCGGGUGGCAACUACGCUUACCUCAGCGAAGCUUACGGUCCGCUCCCGUCUUUUAUGUUCCUCUGGGCUUCUCUCCUCAUUUUCAUUCCCGUAACGAAUGCGAUUAACGCCUUAGCGUUCGCCAAUUAUCUUCUUCUACCAUUAUGGGGUACUUGCCUUCCAUCCGAAUCUGCCGUCCGACUCGUUGCCGCUUUCGCCAUAGCCUCGUUGUGCCUGAUCAACUGUUGGAACGUUAAUUGGUCGGCUAAGUUAAGAAGCGUGUUUUUAAUUGCCAAAGUGGUAGCUUUGGCACUCGUCAUCGUCACGGGCUGCGCUUUCUACUUUGUUCAGGGCAAUUCGACGCGCGGAUUUCAAGAGCCGUUCGCUACGACAUCAACGGAUCCCAGUUUAAUCGCUUUAUCGUUUUAUUCCGGUCUUUUCUCAUAUGGCGGAUGGAAUUGCUUGAAUUUUGUGGUGGAGGAACUUAAAGAUCCUUACAAAAAUCUACCGCGAGCCAUUGGAAUUUCUAUGCCCAUCAUCACGCUAGUCUACGCUUUGGCUAAUGUAGCUUACCUAAUUGUUUUAACUCCCGAGGAAUUACUUUCAUCUUCCGCUGUUGCUGUGACGUUUGGUGAACGUGUUUACGGUUCGCUCACGUGGAUCGUGCAAAUUCUUGUGGCAAUGUCAGCACUUGGCUCUUUGCAUUGCAACAUUUUCAGCUCGUCCCGUAUUUUCUUCGUUGGCGCUCGUAAUGGUCAUUUGCCCGGCGCAUUGGCUCUCAUUAGUCUAGAAAAUUUGACACCUAAGCCGGCCAUUAUGUUUAUCGGGGCAUUGGCCAUCGCCAUGUUAAUCGUUGGGGACGUAUAUGUCCUGAUUAAUUACGUCAUGUUCACCGAUUCCGCAUUCCUAUUAGCCACCGUCACCGGAUUGUUGUGGCUCAGAUGGAAAAGGCCUAACGCUGUCCGACCUAUCAAGGUGAAUCUUGCCUAUCCAAUUGCAUUCCUGUUGGUGUCCGUCUUCUUGGUAUGCUUGCCCAUCAUUUCGAAUCCAGUUGGUGCCGUAACGGCUAUCGCAAUCACGGCCAGUGCCAUUCCAGUCUUCUGUCUCUGCAUAGCGUGGAAACGUAAACCUAACUGGAUCUCGUCUAGUAACCAGAGAUUGACGACGAUGUGCCAAAAGGUCUUCCUAGCAGUGCCAGAAGUUGCCAACGACAAGCAAUACUAAUAUCCAAUCAGCAUGAUAAUAAAUGUUACUUGCCAAUUAGUCAUUAAUCUCGGAAAAUGAUAGGAAAUGUUGAGCUUACACCGUUAAUUUAGUGUAGUAGUCAUAUAAUGCACGUUGCUUCUACCACAGUUUUUAUACUUCAAGUUCGACGUAAAUCGACCAACCGAAUCAGGAAGUAGCCAAUUGUUGUUAAUAUUAUCUGCACUCACGAAUAUAUACCAUUGCUCGUUCUA